CGGAUACCCAAGUAGUCAUGUUGUAAUACUUUUACCUAGUGACCUAGUAUCUUGACAAGACAUGUCAACUCAAAGUAUACUAAAGUCGAGUCGCACAAUAAAAUGAACAAUAGUUCAUUGGCAAAAUUUCCGUGAAAAAAUGUUUCUGAAUCAUGAUUCAAACCCAAGAUCUCUUGCUGAGACCAUCAGAGGAAUUGACUUUAUCAACCAGGGGAUAUAGGCUCAUGAAUAAAUUAGGUGAAGGGUCGUAUGCUCAAGUAUUUCUGGCAGAAUUUACCAUCAAAGAUGGUGACGAUAAGAGUACGAAAAUGUUAGCAUGCAAGGUCGUCGAUGUAAGCAAGGCUCCGAAAGACUUCGUGAAGAAAUUCCUACCAAGAGAACUCGACAUUCUAGUCAGAAUCAACCAUCCGCACAUCAUCCACAUUCAUAGUAUAUUUCAGCGAAAGACGAAGUACUUCAUUUUCAUGCGACACGCCGAAAACGGAGACCUGUUGGAGUUCAUUUUGAAGAAAGGUCCAAUAUCUGAAGCGCAAAGUAGAGUAUGGAUGAGACAGCUUGCUUUGGCUAUACAAUAUCUACAUGACAUGGAGAUCGCCCAUAGGGAUUUGAAAUGCGAAAACGCUCUGAUUACUAACAAUUACAACUUGAAGUUGGCAGAUUUUGGUUUCUCCAGAGACGGUCAAGGUCGGAAACUAACAAGCACCACAUACUGCGGUUCGCUGUCAUACGCUGCUCCCGAAGUAUUGAGAGGCAUGCCUUACCAUCCGAAGAUAGCCGAUAUUUGGUCACUAGGAGUUAUUCUUUACAUCAUGGUGAACAAGGCGAUGCCUUUCGACGAUACUAACGUAAAGCGAUUGCAUGAGCAGCAGAUCAACAGGCGGUGGAAGUUUAGAUCCAAGGUAGUGGAUCAACUGAGCGAUAACAUUAAAGCCGUGGUAGGUCACCUGAUGGAGCCUGACAUCACGAAGCGCUGGCGCGUGGAUCAAGUCGUCACCUCAGACUGGAUGGCUAUGGACAGUCGUCUAACGCAGAUGACCAAUGCCGAGGAAAUCGCGCUGGCGCAGGCCCAACAGGAGAAACAAUCGUACAUGGACAGUCUCAACAAGAAGCACACUGGCCUGGACAAGAAGGCAGGUCAACUGUCCGAAAUGAAGGUGCUGAAAACGUCAGCGGCUGACAGUGAGAAGGCCAAGAAAUACACUAGUGCUGAGACUGUCGUCAAAGUGUAGUUAAAGACACGAACCAUACUUCAAACUUUCAUCAACGUUGUUGCAGGAAUGGUGAAGGCUGAAUCUGGUUACGUAAAUGUAUUAUCAAGCAAAGAUAUACCUGAAUGGAAGUGAACUACUCUCUACGAUUUGGUUGGUGAAAUGGAUAUAUGAGGAUAUUACUGUAGAUGGUGAAUCAACAUUCUCAAUGAAUUUUAAAUGCAGUGGAUGUCAUGUAAAAGGGCAAUAAAUAAAAGAACAUAAUGAAACAAAAAA